UCUUGGGGGCGCUUGUCAACACACACGGCGGUGCGGCGCGAAAUACGAUCACAAAUUUGUCGUUACAAAUCCAGUACAAAACUUCUAUUUGCGUAAGUAAUGUGAUAAACUUCACGUUUCCUGUCGUUGGUGAAGUAAAUAGCAGUGAUCAUCUCUAUGAACUGCCACGUUGUCCUGCACAAGCUGAAAGAUAUGUACAGAGUAACCGAUCUGGAAGACGCCUUGCCAGUUACGCCAGCCAAGUCAGUUCAUGUGGAAGUCUGUCAAAAUCCCUGCAGCACAGUGCACAGGGAAUCUAUCAAGGAUCAUGUCACCAAGUUGCUUCACAGACAGCGGGUGUCGUAUGGGGACAUGAACCUGACGGAGUUUGACGAUCCGUAUCUGAAGGAGCACGUCAAGUGGAUUGCAAUAUGCGACACAGAGUUGGAUGGCUCUGGUAAACAGGCCAUUGAUCUGUGUCAGUCAGAGCUGCAUCUGCAUGUUUUCCAACUGUCCAAUGAGGAGCCAGGGAUGGAGGAAUUGGAAGGCGAGGAGAUGGCAGCUGCCUCCCAUUGGCUGCUUCCAGCAGCGGACUUUGAGGGAAUCUGGGACAGUCUCGUCUUUGACACUCACAUCAAAUCCCACCUGCUGCACUAUGCCACCACAACGCUGCUGUUCUCUGACUGCAAGGUGGAUCCCAACAUCAUAUCAUGGAACAGGGUGGUUCUGUUGCAUGGUCCACCUGGUACAGGCAAGACCUCAUUAUGCAAGGCCUUAGCACAGAAACUCUGCAUUCGACUAUCAGAUAGGUACACCUAUGGCCAGUUGAUUGAGAUCAACAGCCACAGUCUCUUCUCCAAAUGGUUCUCAGAGAGCGGCAAGUUAGUCAUGAAGAUGUUCCAGAAGAUUCAGGAGUUGAUUGAUGACACGGAUGCCUUGGUCUGUGUGCUCAUUGAUGAGGUUGAAAGCCUGACAGCAGCCAGAAAGAGUUCACUGAACGGCACGGAGCCCUCUGACGCAAUCCGUGUAGUCAACGCCCUACUGACACAGAUUGAUCAGAUCAAACGACAUCCUAAUGUCCUGAUCCUGACCACAUCCAACGUGACGGAAGCAAUUGAUUUGGCCUUUGUUGACCGAGCGGACAUCAAGCAGUACAUCGGCCCGCCAUCGGCGUCGGCCUGCUUCAAGAUCUACCACUCCUGCAUCAAUGAGCUCAUGCGGGCCCGUAUCAUCAGCCCCGCCCAGCAGCUUCUUGACCUAAGGGCCCUGGAGGUCAUGAGGUUUAUAGAGAACGAUGCCACUAAACUCAGUCUGAAACUCAAGGAAAUUGCCUGUAAGAGUGAAGGGCUGAGUGGACGAACACUGAGGAAGCUGCCAUUCCUUGCUCACGCUCUCUACGUAAAGGCUAACCCGGUAUCUCUGGAGGACUAUCUCAAUGCCCUCUCAGAUGCCGUGGACAAGCAGUUCAAAGAACGGCAGCAGCUGAAAGAUACGUAAAGGUUCAUUCCUUUCCCAGCUACUGUGUCAUCCUUCCUCUUUGGUGUACUCGCCCCCUUGUGUCCCUAUGGAGUCCAACUACUUGCGAGGGAUCACUACAAUCCGAACAAAAGAUGUCUGUGUUUGAUAUCCUGAAACUAGGGAAAACAUUUAGUCGUUUUUUCAAGGUGUUAUCAGUGAUAAGCAGCGAAUAAAUAUGUGCUUGGCUAGGGGCCUGGAGCCAGUUUUAAACUACUUGUUUAAUACCUGCCAAGUACAUAUUUAUUCCCAUUCAUAAAUACCUUGAGGUCAAAAACUCAGAACGAGUUCAAAAUUCACAAAUUUUCCAAUGAUUUUGUUCAACAGUUUUACCCUAUGUUUUGUGAAACACCCCUAUUUUACAUGUCUGCGGUAUGUAACUCACGAGCGUAGUGCUAAAAAAAAUCGCGCAAAGAAAUUCGCACGUACUGCGCGAUGUGGCGCAGAAUGCAGCGGGGGUUUAGCAGCUGUUUAAAACCACCCAUGUGACUGGCUCUCGACCAAUAGGAAUUGGUAUUUAUGUACUGAUCCUUAGAUCCGAAUGCUCAGCAUGGGAAAAGCAAGAAGGCCAAACAGUGAACUGAAGAAACAGGAGGGUCAACUUUUUACUGCUUGACAAUAAAAUAUUUGGUUAACCAGGUUUUCUCUUCAUCAUAUUUAACUUAUUAAAGGACUUUAAGGAAUAUUGUAUGUAGUCAUCUUGUAAAUAAACUCAUGGAUUAAUUUUGUUAGUAAAACUGUGCAGCAGAAACUUUGUUGCAAUGUUUUAAAUAAAGCCAAAACAAAGACACGAUUUAAA